AUGUUCAAAAAAUUAUUUGCUCUAGGACUUGGAGGAAGCUUAAUAAAUUAUAGUGUUAAGUGCUGUGGGAUAAUUGGUGUAUUAACUACAGAGGAUAAUGCAGAAAAAGUAAUUUUUGAAGGAGUUCAAUUAUUAUAAAAUAGAGGUUACGAUUCUGCAGGAAUUGGUACCGUCAACAAAUAAAAGGAGUUGGUAAUAUCAAAGCAUGCAAGUGAUUAAAUAAACAAGGUGGACUGCUUCGUGAAGUUAAAUCAAGAAUUAUAGAAACAUAUUCAAAGUUAAGUUGGAAUCGGUCAUACAAGAUGGGCCACUUGUGGAAGCAAAACUGACAACAAUGCUCAUCCCCAUUCAGACAUCGCUAAAAGGGUAGCCUUAGUUCAUAAUGGGACAUUGGAAAAUUAUGUAGAAUUAAAAGAGGAGCUUAUUUAAAAAGGGAUUUAGUUUUCUUCAGAUACAGACUCAGAAGUAAUCGCCUAACUGAUAGGAUAAGAAAUAUAAAAGCAAAAUUUUCUAGAGGCUGUUGAAUCUGUCUUAACGAGAUUAAGAGGAUAAUGGGGUCUAGCUGUGAUUGAUAGAGAAAACCCUGCUUAGAUGAUUGUAUGUAGACAAGGAAGUCCGCUUUUGGUUGGAUAUGCUGCAAAUAGUAUAUUUGUAGCAAGUGAAAAAAUUGCAUUUGAAAAAUAUACUUAGAAUUACAUAGCCUUACAAGAUGGCGAAGUGAUGCUAUUGUAAUUAGAGAAUAGAAAUUAGUUAUAUAAUCAGAUAAAGCAUAGAUUAAUUUUUAAUGAAAAUUAAGAGGUUGAACAAGUACACUUAAAACCAAAACAACCUUAUUAAACAUUUUUUGAGAUGGAAAUACAUGAAUAACCAAAUAGUCUAUUGAGAUGUCUGGGAAAUGGGGCAAGACUAGCAGGUUUUACUGAUUGCGCAAAGUUAGGAGGUUUGGAUAUGAAAGAGAAGGAACUUUGUGAAAUUAAGCAUCUAAUUUUGAUUGGAUGUGGAAGUAGUUUCAAUGCAGCUCAAAGUGUUUUACCAAUUUACAAGAGCUUCAGAACUUUUGAAAGUGUUUAGGCAAUAGAAGCAAGUGAAUUUCAAAUCUACGAUCUACCUUAUUCAUCAGUAGGGAUAAUAUUCAUUACAUAAUCUGGUGAAACUAAAGAUAUAGUGAGAGUAUUGAAUCUAGCGAAACAAUAAGGAGUUACUACAAUAGGAGUUGUAAAUGUAGUGGGAUCAUUAAUAGCAACCAAUGUUGAUUGUGGUGUUUAUUUGAAUUCAGGAAGAGAAGUAGCAGUGGCAGCCUCAAAGUCAUUCACUUCUUAGACGACAGCUUUAAUAUUAAUUGGAUUGUGGUUUAGUUAUUACAAGGAAAAGAACAAUUAUUUGCCUUAGAAUACAAAGAUGAAACCUCUAAGAGAGAAAUAUGUCAACUAAUUAAGAAUGCUACCAAUGGUAUUUGGCUAGGGCAUAGUGGAAUGUUAGGCGAGUGUCAAAUUAGUUGCUAAAAUAUUGCAAACCAAACAAAGUUUAUUCGUAUUGGGUAAAGGAUCAAAUUAUUCAAUUGCAAAAGAGGGAGCUUUGAAAAUUAAAGAACUAACUUAUAUUCAUGCAGAAGCCUUCGCCUCAGGAGAAAUGAAACAUGGACCUUUGGCAUUGAUUGAUUCAUCGAAGGAGAAGGAAACAUCCAUCAUUUUAAUCAUUUUGGAUGAUGAAUUCCUUCAAGACAUGAAGUUAUCUUUGAGUGAAGUUCAUUCCAGGAAUGCCAGGACUAUUGUAAUCACUGAUUCUGCUUAGAGUUUGUCAAACACUAUGAACAAGAUUGAUCAUUUGAUCUAGAUUCCUAAAAUUGGAGAAUAGUUAAAUUGGUUAUUAAGUGUCAUUGUAUUCUAAUUGCUGUCUUUGGAGAUAUGUUAUCUUUAAGGUAUUGACCCUGACAAACCCAGAAAUCUUGCCAAAACAGUUACUGUCGGUUGA